AUGUUAAAAGAAAAAAUAUAUCAAAAAGAUUUAGGAAAUUGUACAAAAUUUUUGGAAAAUCUUCAAAAUGAUAAUAAUACAAAUUUUGAAGAAUACAAUUAUCAAAGUGUCAUAAUUAAAAUUAAAAAUUCUGAUAAAUUAAAGAUUGGUUUAUAUUAUGAAGCUAUUAAAAGAUAUAAAAAAAAUAGUGGUUGUGAGGAGUGGAUUAAAUUUGAAGAAAGUAUUGGUGAAUAUUUAUGUAUAUCAAUAAUUUACAUUACAACAGCUAUCCAAACAUGGAAUAUGGGAUGGAAUGUUAAGAAAUAUAAAAAUGAAAUUAAUUUAACAUAA